AGCGACAACUUGCCUGUCUAUCGAUAACCCUCUCUUCCUGCGGAGGAAGUUCGACUACUGCAUCGUUGAUGAGGCAUCGCAGAUUACCUUGCCCACAUGUCUGGGUCCCCUGCGCUUCGCUGACAAGUUCGUCCUCGUCGGUGAUCAUUUCCAGCUUCCUCCUUUGGUUCGAAGCGUCUCAGCCAGGAAGGGCGGUCUGGAUGUAUCCCUCUUCCGUCGGCUCUCGGACGCUCAUCCUCACGCUGUUGUGGACUUGGCGCUACAAUACCGCAUGAAUGAAGACAUCAUGAUUCUAUCCAACAAGCUUAUAUAUGGAGAUCGUCUGCGUUGCGGUUCCGAGACUGUUGCGAAGAGGAGUUUGUGCUUACCCAACCCGAAGGCCGUGAAAGCCAUACAUCGACCAAUUUGUUAUCCCGUGGAAACUUGCUGGCUGCAUAAGCUAAUGGCGGAAAGCUGUAAAGCGGUAUUCGUCGACACCGACGGCGUCCCUGCCUGCGAUUCACGUGUAGGCGACCUAGUGCAGAAUGAAGUGGAGGCAAGAUUAGUGCAGCAGAUGGCCGAAGCACUACUUGUUGCCGGAGUCUCCGAAGAGCAAAUUGGCAUUAUAUCGCUGUACCGCCAACAGAUCAAGCUGUUAUCCCACCUGCUCCUUGCGAGAAAGGGGAUUGAGAUCCUAACGGCGGAUAGAAGUCAGGGACGAGACAAAGAAUGCAUUAUUAUCUCCAUGGUACGAUCGAACGACAGUGGACAGAUCGGAGAGCUAGUCAGAGACUGGCGGCGCAUGAAUGUGUCCUUUACGAGAGCCCGUUCCAAACUCAUUAUCUUCGGUUCUCGGAAGACACUGCAGACAGCGCCGCUCCUCUCUGAGUUUUUCGACUUGAUGCAGAAGCAGGGCUGGAUUGUGCCUCUCCCCGCUAAAGCAGACACCCUUCAUACAUUUGCUGCGUCGCAAACCGUCACGAAACGCAGCCUAGAGGUCACGGGUGUCGCGGUAACUCCCCUGAAGGAGAAUAAAUUGGAUCGGCCAACAAAGAAAGUCAAGCGCGUAGCUGAGGAGGGUCUCCUCAGAAGCAGACCGCUUCUCAAGGACCUUGUGAACGGAUCUCGUUGAUUUAUUAUCAGUUUAAUCAUGACUUGUAUUACUUGUAGGACUAGCAUUAGAUGUGUAUCUAAUCGGGCGUACCC